UCCUUUGCCGCAGCGUCAGGGCCGCCGCCUUCUUUUCCUCUUCCUCCUCCUCUUCGGCCUCCGCCUCCUCUUCCUCCUCCGCCCCCUCCCUCUCCUCCGCUUCUCCCGAAGCGGCGCCGGGAGCCCGCGCCGAGCUCCGGACCGUGCGGUGCCAUGCUGCCCGGGCGGCGGCGCUGAAGGAUGGCGACGCCCGUCCCUCCGCCCGCGCCGCGGCACCUGCGGCUGCUGCGGCUGCUGCUUUCGGGCCUUGUCCUCGGCUCGGCCCUGCGCGGGGCCGCCGCCAGCCGUCUGGAUGUGGCCGCCUGUCCUGGGAGCCUGGACUGUGCCCUGAAGAGGCGGGCAAGGUGUCCCCCGGGAGCACACGCCUGUGGGCCCUGCCUGCAGCCCUUCCAGGAGGACCAGCAAGGGCUCUGCGUGCGCAGGGUGCGACGGCCGCCGGGGGAGGACCGACCCCAGCCCAGAGUGGAAGAUGAGAUCGACUUCCUGGCCCAGGAACUAGCCCGCAAGGAGGCCGGGCACUCAAGUCUCACAGCCCCGCCCCUGCCUGAGGCGGGGCAACAGCUCCCGGAGGCCGCCACCGUGGGAUUCUCGGAGCGGGGUCAAGGACCCAAGCCCGGCCUCUCGUCGGCGGCGCGGGGAGCCCUCACGCCCACGCCCGGCACCUCCUGGGGCUCUCCCGUGUCCUCCGGGCCAGUGCACAUGUCCCCCUUGGAGUCCCGGGGCGGGCGCCGUGACGGCUUCGCCCUCGUGCUGAUCGUGGCGUUCUGCGUGGCCGGCGCGGCCGCCCUCGCCGUGGCCGCCGUCUGCUGGUGCAGGCUGCAGCACGAGAUCCGCCUGACCCAGAAGGCAGACUACGCGGCCGCGAAGGCCCCCGGCGCGCCCGCGGAGCCCCGGAUUUCGAUUUCGCCCGGGGACCAGCGGCUGGCGCACAGCGCCGAGAUGUACCACUACCAGCACCAGAGGCAGCAGAUGCUGUGCCUGGAGCGGCAUAAAGAGCCCAAGGAGCUGGACUCUGCCUCCUCGGACGAGGAGAAUGAAGACGGCGACUUCACGGUGUACGAGUGCCCGGGCCUGGCCCCGACCGGGGAGAUGGAGGUGCGCAACCCCCUGUUCGACCACGCCUCGCUGUCGGCGCCCCCGCCCGGCCAGUCCUCACCGUCUGCACCGCAGUGACUGGAGGCCAGCGAUGUCCGUGUGCUCCUGCCACGGGGGAAGAGGCAGGUGGCAUUUCCCACUGAGAAGAACAUGUUCUGAUGCUAUCUGCUUGUGGCUGGGCCAUGGGAUGCUGUGCCCAGAACCCCUUGCCAGGGAGACCCCUCCCUGGUGCCGGGAGACUUCUGUCCCCUUUGUGCCUCUCCUGUUUGGUUUGGACCCCCAAACUGGAGGGGGAAGGGAGAACCCUAGAGGCCAGGCAUGGAUGGGGAAUUUGGAAGACAAAAGCCAAUUAAAGUACA